AUGCCGUCACAGGCAAAUCUAAAAGCUGCGCAAGCGGUUGUUCUUUCUCGUGCCCGGCACCAAAAGGGCUUAUCUCGCGAUGCUUCCAAAGUCAGCAAGCAGCCUCUUUCUCUUCGCAAUGCCGAGGCACGGCAUCACGGCUCCUCUCGUGCAACUAUUCAACGGAUCGUGAAGAAGCUAGAAGCUGCAAAUUCCUCUGAUUUGAACGAUAUCGCUUUCAAGACCGCUGGUCGCCCGAGAAUCCUGACAGAUGAAGAAGAGGAAGCUAUCGUCGCUUUCGUGAUGUGGAUGGAAAGAUCAGGACUUCCUGCUUGCAAAGGCGAAGUUGAAGAUGCAGCCAACACGCUGCGCCUCCGCAGAAACCCUGAUGCGCAGCCUAAGCAGCUGAAAUCGAAGCAAGCGGUUGAUCCUGCAUACGCCUCUCUUCUGCCUCCAGAAGGACGAUUUUCCGCCGCUUCUGAUACCGCCAAACACGCUGGAGAGAGAUAUCACGAUAUCCUCAGUUCUCCCACUCGCGCUGGUCUCAAGAAUAUCCGCAACAUCGUCAACGAAGCUAUGCUGCUAGAGGAUACGAUUAAGAGAUAUGCUGACGAUCGGCGAAGUCGUAUUGAGAAGCAAUACAAUAAGAGAAAUCUGCAAGAAAUACGUGAUCAACAAGAAUCCUUUAUCGCAGAGACUCGCGCCAAAGAGGGGAAAUCUCAACUCCGUACCGCACGCAGUAUCGCGAUCCGAGAAAUCGAGCGCUUCAAAUCAGAGUGGCGGGAUAACAAGGAAGUCAUCGUGAACGGCGUUCUAAAGAAGCUACAGUUCAAGAAAUGGCUUCAACACACCGGGAAGGAUAAAGAUUACCUUUCUAUGGAUACUCAGCGAUCCAAAAUGACCGAGUUACUGAAUGAGAAGACUGACGGCUUUAUGAUAGAUACACAAUUACCGCAGGAAGUUAGAGAAUCUAUUCGCAAUGCCAAUUUCGCAGGGAAGCCGCUCAACGCGGUAGAUUGGUCAGCCCUCCCCGGAAGUGACGAUAGUGUUAUUUUCCAACUUACGCAUCCGCUCGCCAGCGAAGAAAGCGAUAAAGAAGAAGAAGAAGAAGAAGAAGAAGAAAUACUCCCACUUCUCGAUUUGUCAUGCCUUAACGACGUGGAGAUGCCCUCAUCGCCGCCCUGCCUUCCUAAUCACGAGUCACCGUUGUCCUCUCCUUGGCCCGGUUUCUCUACACCCUGCCCCUUUCAACGCCACACUCAACUUCACGAUUCACUUCGAGAUCUCAUCAGGGAGGAAAUAAUAGUUGCAGAAUCCAGUUACAGGGCCACAGAAGACGCAGAUAUACUAUAA